AUGCGCGGUGGCGGCCGGCGGUGGGGAAGGUGACGGAUGUUGCAGCGGCCGGGCCCGGCCUCCAGCUGGCACCGCACAGCAGCGCAGCGGCCUCCAGCCGACACCACAGCGCCCAUACACCACCCACUGUGCCGCCGUGCAGGCCGCCCGCCCGCCUCGCAUCCACCGUGACUUUAUAAAGGAGCAUAUUUGAAGAGAUAUUGGCUCAAGAUGGGACCCCGACGAAAAAUUAUCAAAACAUAUUUAACUUUGAAUAAAGGAGGAGAAGCUGCAAAGGAUGUUGAGCCGAGGGAUUAUAUGAAUCAUUUUUCGCAUGAAGUGCUGUGUCAUAUAUUCAGGUAUCUCCCGCUACAAGAUAUCAUGUGUAUGGAAUGCUUGUCCAGAAAGUUGAAGGAAGCAGUUACAGUAUACAUGCGAGUAGUGAAGGUUGUUGACCUCUGUGCUGGCUGCUGGUGGGAAUACAUGCCAACAGGAUUCAUCGAUGCCAGUUUUUUAACUUUGUUAAAGAAAAUGCCUGACUUGGAACAACUGUAUGGAUUGCAUCCUCGGUACUUAGAAAGGCGACGAGUAAGAGGGCAUGAUGCAUUCAGUAUUCCAGGUGUACUUGAAGCAUUACAAGCCUGCCCUAAUCUAGUUGGUGUCGAAACUUCCCAUUUAGAAUUAGUAGAAGCCAUCUGGAAUUACAUGCCACAGGUCCACAUCUUGGGAAAAUUUCGAAAUCGUGAUGGUGCUUUCCCAGUCCCUCCAGAAAACAAAUUAACAAUUCCAAUAGGAGUGAAGAUACAAACUCUUCAUCUCGUUGGAGUAAAUGUUCCAGAAAUUCCUUCUAUCCCAAUGUUGAGGAACCUGUAUCUGCAGUGGGUACGACUAAUCAAACCUCAGCCUUUCAAAGAUUUUCUCUGUGUCAGUUUACGCACUUUUGUUAUGAGGAAUUGUGCAGGUCCUACCAAUUCCUUAAAGUAUGUUCCACUGGUGACUGGGUUAGCUUCAGCCAGGAACUUGGAACAUUUGGAACUGGUUCGAGUACCUUUUCUUGGAGGUUUGAUUCAACAUGUAGUUGAGGACAGCUCAAGAUCAGGUGGUUUCAGGAAUCUGCAUACUAUUGUAUUUGGAGCAUGCAAAAAUGCACUUGAAGUUGACCUUGGCUACCUCAUUAUUACUGCUGCACGUAGGUUACACGAAGUUCGUAUUCAACCUUCACUAACCAAAGAUGGUGUUUUCUCAGCACUAAAAAUGGCAGAGCUGGAAUUCCCUCAGUUUGAAACCUUACACCUUGGAUAUGUCGAUGAAUUUUUAUUACAAUGUAAAAUGAACAAUGUUGAAUUAGUGAAGCAUGGAUUGGCAGAUGUUAUAGAAAAUCCUGGCAUCAUUACAGAUAUUGGGAUGAAAGCUGUAAAUGAAGUAUUUCCAUGCAUCAAAUAUUUACUUAUUUAUAACUGUCCACAUCUCCACAAUGCACACAAUUGGAUUACAGACCAUUCACGGUGGAUUCGCUUAGUGGAUCUUACACUAGUCCGUUGCCAUGCCAUUAAAUUAGAAUCAUUCAGUCAAUUUAUAGAAAUGCUGCCAAGUUUGGAGUUUAUUUCAUUGGAUCAAAUGUUCCGGGAGCCUCCAAAGGGCUGUGCUCGUGUUGGUUUGAGUGCUGGCACAGGAAUCGGUGUUUCGUCUGCUCUUGUUAGCAAUCAAAAUUCCAACAAUGAUAAUGAUAACCACCAAAAUAAUCAUGCUAAUGUCAAUAACAACAAUAAUGAGGAAAAUGAUGCCCAGCAAGAGAGAGCAGCAGCUGAUCUCCCAAACCCAGUGAAUGAACAAAGACUCCAGGAGGCAGUACAGGAUGGCAGGCCUGAUGAUACUGACUGUAAUCCUGGCCAGAAUUGUGAACAGUCUGUGACCUCCAUGGAUGUGGAUGAAGAACAAGCAGGACCAAGUGGGCUUCAGCCAACUGUCAAAGUAAAUCCAGUGAUUGUAAAUGAUUCAGACAGUGAAGAUGAUGAUGAAUAUAGUAUAGAUACUUCUGCGAAUUGGAAUGGACGUGAUGAUGGGGAUCAUUUUGCAGAUGAGGGGAAAAAAAGUGCACCUUUACUUUGUGAAGGAACAGGCGUUUGUGGUAAAGGCAAGGCCCCAUUACGGAAAAAAAGCCUAGUUAAUCAGUAUGAUCUUCAAAGACCAUCCAAAGUGGAUGAAAGCAGUUGUGAAAAAAGCUGUCAAGUGACCAGUGAACAAAUAAAAGCUGAUAUGAAAGCAGCCAGUGAUGGCCCAGAAAGGAACAGGAGCAAAGAUGUUUCUUGUGCAACUGGAAUUUGUUCCAGUCCAUCAGGAACAGCCAACUCAAACAUUGCUACAUCUUCUCAAAGUAUGGAAUCUAAUGGGACAGAUACACUGAAUGGUGGGUGCAGACAUUAUAAUGCAGCAUAUUCACCACAGUUUGAUAGUGGAAUUCAUAACUGUUCAUGUUCUACGCAUAGAAUUGGAGACUCGUCUAGUAGCAAUGAGCAAAACUCAAGGAAUGGUUCAGUUCCAACUUGCUGCAUGUGCAGCACAACUCAGGUAAAUGAAAGCACGACAUGUGGAUGCUCUGAACCCAAUGAGCCUUCCACAAGCAGGGCAUCAUCUGAUAAGUCUGAUUUAAAAGGACGCUGUAACACAGAUUCAACAGAAUCUGAAUUUUCACAGAGAAAAUCUUCCAUUUGCAAGCAAGAACAACGAAACAUUGGUAAUGGCAGGACUAAUGGUGAGUGUGGUGGUGUCAGACACGCAGAGAAUACGAAUCAUCAUCCCACAUGCUCUGAAGGGACCCAGAAAGAAGGCUAUCCACGUAGACCUGUGACAAGGUCGAGUAGCAAAUUUGGACAGAUUCCACUGAUCGCAGAGCCAGAUACUACUAAACCUAAGCCCAGGCAUACUGUCAAAAGGAAACGAACUGCUGAUAAAUCCACAAGCACUAGUGAUCCUGUCAUUGAGGAUGAUCAUGUUCAGGUUCUUAAUUUGAAAUCCAAAAAUUUGGUUGGGAUUACACUUACUAAUUGUGGAAUUACAGAUUUAUUGCUCAGAGAUUGUCCCAAGAUGAUGUUCAUCCAUGCUACACGAUGCAGGGUACUGAAACACUUAAAGGUGGAGAAUGCACCAAUUGUAAACAGAUUUGACUAUGUACAGUGUCGGAAGCUCAACAUUGAACAAGUCCUUGACCAAAUUUUACGAAUGCCUCCAGAAAGGAAUCGUAUCAUUUAUCUCCGGCCAAUGCACCAGGUUGAUACUUUAAAACUGGAAAGGAAUAUAUUUAGUGGACCAUAUCCUUAUCACAUUUGCAUUAUUCAUGAGUUUAGCAACCCACCAAAUGUGCGGAAUAAGGUUCGCAUUCGUAGUUGGAUGGACACGAUAGCAAACAUUAAUCAAGAAUUGAUCAAGUAUGAGUUCUUCCCAGAAGCCACUCGGACUGAUGAUGAUGUAAAGAAAUAUCCAAAGUACCCAUGGGGGAGAGAUAUUUACACAUUAGAGGGAACAGUAGAUGGAGCUCCUUACUUCAUGAUCACUGAUUUCCCGUGGCUUCGCUCCCUGCGUACUGCAGAACCAAACAGCUAUGCAAGAUAUGACUUUGAAGAUGAUGAGAGAACUACAAUCUACGCUCCUCGGAGAAAAGGACAACUGUCACCAGACAUUUGUAUGGAAACAAUUGGUGAGGUGAUCUCUGAACGGCGGCAGAUGCGAAGUGGUGUAUUCCCACGAGUUGUAGCUAUUUUCAUACAUUACUGUGAUGUCAGUGGAGAUCCUGUUCAUGAUGACUAUAUCUGACUAUGCCUUCCUUGCUUAUGACUGUUCAAAGGUCCGAGACUACAGCCUGCAAGAUUUGAAUUAUCAGCACUGUGUAGCUGCAUUAUGUCCCAAAUACUUUUGGAAGAAAUUAUAUAAUUGUGUAUAAAAAAAUUUGUGUACAAAAGAUUUCUGUAUAGAGAUGCUCUUAAAAGAAUUAGCUUCCUGAAGCAGUAUCAUUUCAUAUGUUUAUACAAUUAAAUUCAUUUAAAUGUUAUUGAUAGGGAAAUAUAAAUAGAAUUUAAAAUGGCUAUUUAUAUCCUCAACUUAUACAAUUCCUAAGGUGAGCAUUUUUGAUAUUUUGUUACAAAACAGGUGCAAAUGUUUAAAAACAAGAUAAAAUGAAGGCCACAUUCUUUGGCGUGUUUCAUAGCCCAGUAAAGAUGUGACUUAACACUUAAUUUUUUUUUUGGUACGAUGUGCCUUUUCCCCUUAAAAUCCACUUUUGAAUGUGUUAAUGAAAGAAAAAACAAGAACUUUGUGUGGACUUCCUUUUAUAUAAUAUAUAUCUCUAAUUUGAACAAUAUAUUCAUGCCUUGUUAUGAGGUAUUUGCCCUAGUUGCGAGUAAUCUAAUAACUAAAAAUAGCUUUUUAUUAUACAAUGACAUGCAUUUUGUUGUGCACUGCUUCCAAGGAACAAGUGGCAGGGAAAUUCAAUUAUAAUAAAAGAAUAAAAUAUUUAAAUACAAGAAGCAUUUCUGAAUACCUAUUUCAUUAGGUUUAUUCUAUUCCCAGUAUGCUGUUUAGAAUUUCUAGUUUUUUUUUCCCAAUACCCAAAUGCUUUGUUCUUGUUUUCCAAAAGAUAGGUCUUGCUUUGAAUUAUUUUGAUACUACAGAAACACCUUAUCGGACUUCUAUUUGGUGAAAGGCAAUUUAACUUUCAGGCCUGCAUUGGUCAUAGUUGUCAGAGAUCACAUCAAAUCACAUAAUCCAGUUUUUAGCUUUAGACUUACAGUGUGGAAACAGGCCUUUUGGCCCAAUGUCUGUACUGAUCAUUCAUACAUUAGUUCUAUCCUACACACUAGGGACAAUUUACAGAGGCCAAUUAACCUACAAACCUGCAGGUCUGUGGGAGGAAACCGAUGCACACACGUGGUCACAGAGAAUGUGCAAACUCCGUACAGGCAGCGCAUGUAGUCACGAUUGAACCUGUAUGGCAGCAAACCGACUGCUGUGCCACUGGUAUCAGCAUCUUGUUACAGAAGUCCAACAUAGCGAAAAACAAUUAUGAACUUAGAUUAGAAAACAAAUGUUUCUGUUUACAUCCAUUAUUUUUAUGGCUGAUAACUUAGUUUUUAGUUUGUAUCAAUUGUAGUUUAUACUCGAUCUGCCAAACGUCCCAUUAUCUGCAACUGUUUGUAAAUGUUUUUCUGUUUCAGUACGAUAACAGUUUACGAUUGGGACUGCUGUCACAGGUUUCACAUUUUUAAUAUGAUUGAUGAAUGGUCUAUAGUAAUAUGUAUCUGGCCAAUUUAUUUUCUUCCCAUCCCCGCACAAACAUCUGCUUGUGAUCUGCAACGUAACCAUUACACUUUUCAUCCUCACUGGCCUUGCCGCUUGCAUUCAAUAUAAUCUUAUACUGAACUUGAAACAAGCCAUCCCCAUAUCUCCAGGAUCCUCAUCUGCAGGCUGAUUAAAUGUUUAAGGCUUUAAUUUUCCUAAAUGGGAGGCUGUAUGUUCAGCAGCCCAAGUUUCAAGCACUGGAAUUUUCUCACUGUGUAUCUAUUUCUCUCAAGAUGCUCUGCUAAACUACCUCCAGCCAAUCUUUUGGUCAGCAUAAACUUUUUGUCAAUGCUCCAGUGAAGUGCAUUAUGAGGCAAGUGGUGUAUAAAUGCUGUAACUGUUCGCUGGC